CGAUCCAUGGUGAAAAUCUCUCCCUCCCUCUCUCCCUCUUUAAAGACGAAAGAAGGAGAGAUGGAGCUCUCUCUCUCUCUCUCUCCCUCCCUCCCUCAAAAACUACUUUCUGUUCCCAACCCCUUUGAUUUUCUUCACUGACACAGGAAUACUCUGCACUCUUCCUCACGCACGCACGCAUACUCAAACCCCAUACAUCAUCUCCUUCCACACCCCCCCCCCCCCCCCCCCCCUUCUCUCUCUCUCUCUCUCUGUCUCUCUCUCUCUCCAUGGCCAUGUUGAUAUGAUAAGGGCCGCAGCAGAGCUGCAGAGACAUCAGAGAGGCUUCAGAAACCCCCAGAUUUCCCCAUCCCAUUUCAUGCCUUAUUGUUUCUUUCUUUCACCAAAUCCCUAUGAUCAAUAACACACGCUUUCUCCUCUACAAAAACCCUCCACCCUUCUAAUUCUCUCUUCUGCUUCUACUACUUCGUCGCCUUCUUUUUGUCUCUCUUCCCUUCCCCAUCGAUGGAAACUUUCCUCCACUUCGACGCCGGCGACGCCCACUUGCCCCCGGGCUUCCGGUUCCACCCCACCGACGAAGAGCUCAUCACCUACUACCUCCUCAAGAAGGUGCUCGACAGCAGCUUCACUGGCCGGGCCAUCGCUGAGGUCGACCUCAACAAAUGCGAGCCCUGGGAGCUUCCCGAGAAAGCGAAGAUGGGGGAGAAGGAGUGGUACUUCUUCAGCCUCCGGGAUCGCAAGUACCCGACUGGGCUGCGGACUAACAGAGCCACUGAAGCCGGGUACUGGAAGGCCACCGGAAAGGACCGGGAAAUCUACAGUUCUAAGACAUGCUCUCUUGUGGGUAUGAAGAAAACCCUUGUGUUUUACCGUGGGAGGGCUCCCAAGGGUGAGAAGAGCAACUGGGUGAUGCACGAGUAUCGUCUCGAAGGCAAAUUUGCCUACCAUUAUCUCUCCAGAAGUUCCAAGGACGAGUGGGUGAUUUCCCGGGUGUUCCAGAAGAGCGGCGCCGGCGGCUCGGCCGUGUCCGGCGGGACAAAGAAAACCCGGCUGAGUUCUGGCAUCAACCUCUACCAAGAGGUCAGCUCCCCCUCCUCCGCAUCUCUCCCGCCGCUCCUCGACUCCUCGCCGUACUCCGCCGCCACCUCCGCGUCCAUCACCGACCGAGAGAGCUGCUCCUACGACGGCAACGCCGCCAUGAAGGAGCACGUGCCCUGUUUCUCCACCAUUGCCGCCAACUUCAACCACCAAGUCCCCUUCGAGCUCCCGCCGCCGCCCGGCUCCCUCUUGGACCCCGCCACCGCCGUUCCCUUCCCGAGGGCCGCUGCGCUCCAGGCGUUCCCGAACCUGAGGUCGCUGCAGGAGAACCUCCAGCUGCCGUUCUUCUUCCCGGCUGCAAUGGCCCCGCCGCCGUCCAUGCAGGGCGCCGGGGACAUGGUGGGCUGUAGUUCGGCAGGGAGCUGGGCGGCGCCAGAGUGCCAGAAGGUGGAAAGCGGCAGGGUGGCGCUGGGGGCGACCGAGUUUGAUUGCAUGUGGAGUUUCUGAACCUUGGGUCUUCCUGAAAGUUCAAAGCUUGAACUUGGGAUGGUAUUCCGUACGAAGUAUUGGGCACUCUUGACUUAAUGUUGUUGCUGUACGUUUGGUUCAGUUGUUUAAUUAGGUUUCUGAUCACUUGGUGGAUUGUAAUCCAGACUAUAUUUAUAUAUAUAUAUGGGAUACGGCCCUCUUAG